AUGGCGGAACGGCCUUCAACGCCACCACGGCCAUCAGGCGCAGGCAACCUCCCGGCGCCACCUCUAACUCCAGAGCAAGUCCGGCAGCUAGAGAUCAAUCGCCUCAAAGCAAAAGCUCUCCGCAACGAACACGACUCCACCCACCGCGCAUCCGGCACUACCACUUCCACGACCCCGAGCGGCUUCAAUGUCAGCCAGAAGCGCCCUCACAGCUCCCUAUCCUCCUCCAACACCCCGUCCAGCCACCGCGAUGCCCGCAACAAUGCCUCGACGUCCCGUGCCGGCUCGGCUCUCCCAGGAGCAGGCCUCACCCAGCCCAAAGACAACGGCAUCCAGCCGGCCAAGAAGUUCGAGAAGAACUCCUACAUCGAGUAUGACUUCUCUACCAUGACCGACACGAAGGGCGGAUUCCUAUCCUCCAUCGACGACCCACACAACCGCGCCCUCCAUGCGCCAUCGGCUGAAGAGCAGCAGAAGCCCGCACACAUGACGCUCGCGGAGUGGGACAGGCAUCAGCUGCUCAAGAAGCUGCGGCAGCAGAAGGCCGGGCCGUUUGAGCCGGGGAUCAGCGUGCUGGCGCAGAAGGAGGCGGGGAAGAAGUGCAGGGAAUGUGGGAGUUUGGAGAUUGAUUGGAAGUGGGAGGAGUGUUUUGGGACGUGUGUCUGUAAUGCGUGUAAGGAGAAGUUCCCGGAGAAGUAUAGUCUGCUCACGAAGACGGAGGCGAGGGAUGAUUACCUUUUGACGGAUCCCGAGCUCAAGGACACGGAGAUACUACCCCAUCUGCUCAAACCGAAUCCACAUAAGUCCACCUUCGCUAGCAUGCACCUUUACCUCCGUUACCAAGUAGAAGAGUACGCUUUCUCGCCGCAGAAGUGGGGUUCUUCCGAAGCACUGGACGCAGAGUUUGAGCGACGCGUGGCGGAGAAGAACCGGAAGAAGGAAAAGAAAUUUAGCACCAAGCUUGCGGAGCUCAAGAAGAGGACCAGAGUGGAGGCGUAUAAAAGAAGCCUAAACAGUGGCGGAGGAGAUGCUGGCGAAGUGAGAUUCGGUGACAGGAUCAAGCGCGCAGGAGACAAGCAUGAGCAUGAGUGGGGGCGAGCGGUGCUGGAUCCGGAGACGGGGAUGACGAGGAAGAGGUGUGAGGAGUGUGGUAUGGAGGUUGAAGAGGUGGAAUUCUGA